AAAAACAUAUUGUGGGCACAGGCUCACAUUAGUAACGUUUUGUAUCGGGUUUUUAAAAAUAGUUUUAGAGAUUUAUUUUUCACAUUCUUGUGACUGUUUCAACAGGCUUGUUUGUUUCUUUCUUAAAACAUAUACCCCACUGUAACAACAAUGUAACCGCAGAAAACAAUAUUUCCAUGGAUUUCCAUGCAGAAUCAAGGUGAAGACACCCAUCGAUGGCAACCAUCCUAGCUGCUGCCUGCAACUCCCGGUCUCUUGCCCAGCUGUUUGUAAAAGCUCCACACCUCAGAGAUACCUCCAUCGGCCUUAGGCCCCUUCCAGGAUUUUUUUUCUCUGCCUUGAGCCUGAGGGGCCAGCGCUCCUAUGGAACAAAAGUAGAUACUGGCGAGCGGUCUGUAGUGGUCACUGGUUGUGACUCUGGCUUUGGCUUCACCAUUGCCAAGCACCUGUAUGAAAAGGGCUUCAUCAUUUAUGCUGGCUGCCUGCAGAAGGAGCAAGGCCAGGGAGGCUACAAGGACCUUGAUGACCUGAAGAGUGACCGUAUGAGAACCAUGCAGCUCAACGUCUGCAACAAAGAGGAUGUGGAGCGUGCUGUGGACUAUGUGACUGCCUCCUUGAAGAACCCGCAGGCUGGAGUUUGGGGUCUGGUCAACAAUGCCGGGAUCUCAACCUUUGGGGAGGUUGAAUUCACCAGCAUGGAUACCUACAAAGAAGUGGCUGAAGUGAAUCUGUGGGGGACCGUCCGCAUGACCAAGGCCUUCCUGCCUCUCAUCCGUCGAGCCGAAGGCCGUGUUGUGAACAUAGCCAGCAUGAUGGGGCGGAUGGCAAGCCCCGCUCGCUCCCCCUACUGUAUCACCAAGUUUGGGGUGGAAGCCUUCUCCGACUGCCUACGCUAUGAGAUGCACUCCCACAAUGUGAACGUCUGCAUUGUGGAGCCUGGGAAUUUCAUUGCUGGCACCAGCCUGUACAGCCCCGAGCGCAUUAAAGCCAUUGCCAACAAGAUGUGGGACGACCUGCCCGAAAUUGUGCGCAAUGACUAUGGACGGAAGUAUUUUGAUGAGCAGGUCGCCAAAAUGGAGUCAUACUGCAGCAGCGGCUCCUCAGAUAUUUCCCCCGUUGUCGACAGCAUUACCCACGCUCUGACCGCUACUUCGCCCUACACCCGGUACCAUCCCAUGGACUAUUAUUGGUGGUUGCGCAUGCAGGUCAUGACCCACUUGCCGGCUGCUAUUUCAGAUCGCCUCUACAUUUAUUGAGGGGAGCCACGUCCUGGCAUAACCAGGAAGGCAAACUCAUUUUAAAAUUAUAGUGUACGAAUUUCCCAGUCGUAAUUUGGUUAGUUGAUUUCAAACUACUGUAUUUCAGACCUAAACUGUUGUUAAUUUAAACAUUUCACUGUAAUGUAUUCAUUGUACGGUGUGUCUCAUAAACAGGAAUAUGUUUUGUAUUUCAAAGGGACGCAGCUGAACACUAUUAAUUUCAGGUAUUUGCAGUCUCUCCCUUUUAUCUCAGCUGUUAAGGCAAAGUUUCAUUUGCGUUAAAAGUUGCUCUAAAAAAUUGGAGUGUUAAAAAGAGCUUCAAAAAGAUAUUAGCUGGGAAGUAGCCU